AUGGGGAACCUGAUCAAGGUGUUGACAAGGGACAUAGACAACAAUGCAGGGAAUUUCUUCCUGGACUUUGAGAGUAAGUGAUUUACAUGCAUGCAUGCACACACCACAUCUAUAGCGUCACUGAUUCCUCCAAAGAAAAAAGUAGUGGUAGGGUGGUGUAUUGGGAUGAAAUUAUAUUUAAAAGCAACUUGUUAGUUUCAUUUUAUUUCCUGAAUUGACUACUCUAAACUACAAAUUGUCCCCAAGCCUAAAUUGUCCUCAGCGCUGACGUUAUGUCUGGAAGUUGUCAAAAAUGUUGCUUUCCAUGCAUUCAGCUCGUCCCUGUACAAACUCAACCAUGUUAUUAGCAAAGUAUCAAAUCCAUGGCCCUCUUUUACCUCAUAAUGGUAUUCUCCUCCAACAUGUUGGAGGAUACUUAUGACUUCCAUUCGGUUAAAUUCAGAUCUUUGAUUUGCAUAGUUCACUUAAGGCAACAGUUCACAGUAAGGCUAAAAUACCAGUCUGUCCUAUUUAUCCACGUGUUUCCAUAAGAGUAUCUGGUGAACCUAUUGGAUCGGGAUGCUAAAAGCAUAGGAACAUCAGGCUUACCUAUCAAAUUUGGGAUUCUAGGAAUACUAGGUCAGAUAUUUUUAGGGGCUUCGAAGGCACAGCAGGGUCUGGAAAUGCUACCUGACAUGAAAUCUGAUUGGAAGAUCAUUGCCGCAGAAAACCUCUCCCAUCUCUCUCUAUUUCCCCCCUCUCUCCCUCAUCUUGGAAUUUGCAGCUUAGGUCAGAAUUUGGAAUUAGCCGAGGGUUAGUGUUUAUGGGAUUUAGCAGGGCGAGAGAGGGGGAAAUGCAGAGAAGCGAGUCAGGAUGAAAAAUGAUGGUUGAAUGGAUAAAAUAAGCUUUAGGAGGCCCGCCUGGUAGGAUACAGAGAAGGAAGGAGCUACCUGAAAUGAAGGAACCUGGCAAACAUGGGCUUGAGAAAAAAACAAACAUUAUCCCUGAUAAAAAAAUGCAUAAUUUGAUAUUUUUUGAAAAAGCUCUAUAGAUAUACUAUAUUUCUUUCUUUGGAGAUUGGGGAGUAGGGUGAGGGAGUAGCCAUGCCCAUUGGGGUGAGGGGACGAGCUUUGGUGGGAAAUCGUACACACUAUUUCUAAUGUACAGACAAUCAAGUAAUACCUUUGUUAUUUUGCAUCACUUAAUAAUAACUCCACUUAAUAAAGCAUGUAUAAUGGAUAAGUAAAUAGUUUAUUCAUCAUUUAGAAAUCAUUACUCAAUUUUUUAUAUGUUUAAUAUAGGUCCUUAUAAACCAUUUACUAAUCAUUAGUUAACUAUUUUUGCAUGGCCUCAUCGAAAGUGUGGGCUAUUUAUACUUUAUAAAUACUUUAUAAAUGUUUUGAGUGACCAGUGUAAUUUCUCACAAAAAGAUGGACAUGCCAUUGGUAGAUAUUCCAGGACUACCUGAUGCUCCUCAAGGUCUCAAAAUAGCCUUGAACAUAUCAAUGGUAAAAGAGUAAGCACACAACACAGGAUGUUAAAAUAAAUAUAUUGAGAAUUGUAUUGAACAUUUUAUUCACAAAACAUGUUGUGAAACAACUGUGGCAAAGACUUGUGGAAGAGUUGUAAUGUGAAUGUUUUGUUAAUGUUAUCAACCUCGUGAACGUGAACUAAUCAUAAAACAGGGAGCCUACAAACAACAGUUUUUCUUUAAUGGAUUUUGAUUCCUUCAUUACUACUGAUAUGUGAUUGAGGUAGAAAUGUUACAUGUACAGUAUAACCUUUAUAUGCUUCCAGUGCUUCAGUCUUUUCACCACAGACUAUUUCACACAAGGCUUUGUUUGGCAGCACCGUACUGGGCCUUUAAAAGGUAGUAAGUCUUAAAAACGUAAUGGGAUGGUUCAGCGAAAUAAUGUAUUCAGAUAUUUGUUUCCUUACCUUGUAAGCAGUCGAUGGACUACUCUUAAUCUCUCGUCAACAGAUUCUGCGCAUAAACCGAAGAGCAUAGUAUAAUGAGCAGCAGUAGUUUCGGUGUUUGGGUUUUCAUCACUGAUUAUUUGGAAGUACCAGGAUUGCUUAAACAUCAACUUCUUCGCACGUGUGGUGAAAAAUAGUGGAGCGGGGGGGCUUUGGCUGAGAGUUUCCUUUUGCGAGGGUGGAGAAUUCGCAAACCAGAACUCGCAAUUUCGAACACGUAUGGACCCAGAAUUUAGUCACGCAGCUGACCAAUUUACGCAAGAUUUAACUAAUGAUUAGUGAAUUGUUUAUAAGAACCUAUAUUAAACAUCUUAUUAAUGGCCUUAUGAAUAAUUAUUAAACACUUUAAAAGUUGUUUAUAAAUGUGUGAAUAACUAGGUUACUAACAUUUACAAAUUUGGGAGUAAUAAUUACUAAAUGAUGAAUAAACUAUUUACUAAUCCAUUAUAAAUGCUUUAUUACAUUAAGUUAUUAUUAAGUGCUACACUGCAAUUUUUUUGUCUGUUUUUCUUGUAGAGAUAAUGAACAACUAAAAAGGAAUCACACAAAAAAAUGCCCAAUACUCUGCGCCACUUUGCAUCAACAUUCUAUAAAAGUUGUAUCAAUGUUUGCUCUGAAUUGCUUUCUGACCUACUACAGAUGCCCAGCCUACAGAGGCAGAGAGGGCAGUAUGGGAGCAGGUGAACGAGGUACUGAUGGAGGCUCUGGCUAUCCUAGACGACCUGCAAUCCUACAACGGAGCAGGAGAAGAGAUACGACAGGUGGGUUAAGGGUUAAGUUAAUAAACACCAGAGGAGUUUGGUUAACUAUCCUCAAUUUGAGCAAAUGUUCUGGAAAAAAUAUGGGAAUAUUUUAGCGUUCUAGUGCAGAGGUAUUCAACCUGGGGUCCGCGGCCCCGAGGUACUGCAGGUGGUCUGCAUAAAAAAAGGUUUUUAUGAAUAUGGCUAGCAACAACAAAAUAAACACAUUUUGUAUUACGUACCUUCAGUAUAAAUAUCAACUUCUAAUAUUGAGCAAAUUACACACAUUGGAGUAUCUGCCAGGCUUUGAAAAAGCACCCGCGAGUACCAGUCGCGGCAAGUGCCGCUGGCAGCUGGUUAACUUUCUUGACAUAGACAUUUUGCAAACAUAUGAUGGGGGUGGGUCCCUGGGAGUGUGUCCCUGGGCAAGAGGUUGAAGACCCCUGUUCUAGUGUAAUACGCUAUAAAAGUUGAAAUGUCAAAAGCUGAAAAAUGUAAAUACAACUGAAUUAAAUGCAAAGGACAUUUAGACAUUUUAUGCCAAGUUUGCCAAACUCUAUGGCUUUCAUUACCAGUAGCCAAUUUUGGCUUGAUACCUGCUACUGUUCAUGGUUGCCAUGGAAAUGGGGGAGCCAUAGCCAGUUUGCUCUCAGCUUUUGCUUAUUUUUUUUUUCAGUGCAAAUGUUCUGAAUUCUUCUUACACAUUUUUUUUUGUUUUGUUAAGGCCUUUUGAUCAAAACGUCUCAUUGUGUGUAAAGGGGGGCUAUUAUGGAGUUUAAUCUGUUUCAGAGGAAUCUGACAUUUUAAUCCUCUCACUCACUCACUCACUCACUCACUCUCAUCCAGGCGAUACAGAACCCAAGUGAGGACCGGGUACAGGAGCGAGCCUGGGCUGCUGUGGUCCCACUGGUCGGGAAACUAAAGAAGUUCUAUGAGUUCUCUCUGAGGUUGGGUAAGUAUGCCAUGACAAGCCUGAAUGCUGUGUAGAUCAGGGGUCAUAUCCACAAAGCGGUCAUAAAUCCUGAGAAUAGAGACAUUUUACUCCUACUCUGAUGGGUCAAAAUAAAAGCUAUGCAUGAAGCCUCUUUAGUCAUAAGAGUCACACCUAGUCAACAGAUAUUUAGGACACCUUAUGAGCUGUCCAGUUACAUGCAACAGUACGCUAUCCAUUGCGCUUUUGACAAUGAUUUUACACAAUACCAAAUUUACAUGAUAUGCCUAAAUACUUAUGACCACAAGGCUAGUAAAUAAUCACCUUUUUAUUUUGAUUAUUUGAUUAACCUACAUGUAAUUUCAAGUUAUUCCUUUGGAGUGGUGCUAUCAGUUGGGCAAUUGACAUCAUCUAGGGCAUGGAUGGGUAACUCCGUCCCCCUUUUUAAGGCCCUCGGAUCAAUUUCCAAGUUCUUCUUAUUAUUAUUAAUUAUUUUAUGGGAACUCAUUUGGGUCUCUUACUGUUGUGAGAUAGAAUAGUAUAUAGAAUACACAAGGUGAAAUGUGGUUUUGCAUCAGCAGUUAUUCUCUUGUUACAGUGCCUUGCAAAAGUAUUCAUACAUUUUAUUGUUACAAAGUGGGAUUCAAAUGGGUUUAAUUGUAUUUUUGUUGUUGUUGAUGAAUAUCAAUGAGAAUUAAAAUAUAGUAUUUGCAUAAGUAUUCAGCCCCUUUGUUUAGGCAAGCCUAAAUUAGUUCAGGAGUACAAUUUGGCAUAUCAAAUCACAUAAUAAGUUACAUGGACUCACUCUGUGUAAAAUAAUAGGGGUUGACUAACCAUUGUCCCCCAUACAUACAACAUCUGUCAAGUAUUGAAUUUCAAGCACAUAAUCAACAACAAAGACCAGGGAGCUUUUCGAAAGCCUCAUAAAGAAGGGCAGUGAUUGGUAGAUGGGUAACAAUAAAAGAUCAGACAUUGAAUAUCUCUUUAAGCAUGGUCACGUUAAUAAUUAUGCUGUGGAUGAUGUAUUAAACCAGCCAGACACAUCAAAGAUAGUCAUCCUUCUGAACUGAGCUGAAGGACAGGAAUGAAACUGCUUAGGGAUGCUACCAUGAGGCCAUUGGUGAUUUUUAAAACAGUUACAGAGUUCAAUAGCUGUGAUGGGAGAAAACUGAGGAUGGAUCAACAACAUUGUAGUGACUCCACAAUAAUGACCUAAAUAAUAGAGUGAAAAGAAGAAUACAAAUAUACAGAAUAAAAAUAUUCCAAAACAUGCAUCUUGUAAGCAACAAAGCACUAAAGUAAUACUGGGAGAAAAAAAAAACAGCAAAGGAAUAUUGCAUAUUUUUGGCCUAAAUGCAAAGCCUUAUGUUUGGGGCAAAUCCAACACAUCACUGAGUAACUGCCUCCUUAUUUUCAAGCAUGGUGGUGGCUGCAUCAUGUUAUGGGUAUGCUUGACAUCGGCAAAUACUGGGGAGUUUUUCAGGAUAAAAAAGAAACAGGAUGGAGCACAGGCAAAAUCCUAGAGGAAAACCGGCUUCAGUCUGCUUUACACCAGAGACUGGGACAAGAAUUCACCUUUCAGCAGGACAAUAACCUACAACACAAGGCCAAAUAUACGCUGGAGUUGCUUACCAAGAAGACGGUGAAUGUUCCUGAGUGGCCAUGUUACAGUUUUGACUUAAAUCUGUUUGAAAAUAUAUGGCAAGACUUGAAAAUCGCUGUCUAGCCAUGAUCCCCAACAUCUUGACAGAGCUUGAUGAAUUUUGAAAAGAAUAAUGGGCAAAUAUUGCACAAUCCAUGUGUGGAAAGCUCUUAGAGACUUACCCAAGAAGACCGCUGUAAUCGAUGGCAAAGGUGUUUCUAAAAUGUAUUGACUCAGGGAGCUGAAUACCUAUGCAACGACUCUAUUUUAGUUAUUACAUUUCUAUCAAUCUUUAAAAAUGCAAAACAAAUGAUAAAACUUUGACAUUAUGGUAUUUUGCAACAUGCUACAAUUUCAACAAGUUACAGUUUCAUAUAAGGAAAUCAGUCAAUUUACAUCAAUUCAUUAGGCUGUAAUCUAUUGAUUUCACAAUGAAUGGACAGGGGCACAGCCAUGGGUGGGCCUGGGAGGGCAUAGGCUUACCCACUGGGGAACCAGGCCCAGCUAAUCAGAAUUAGUUUUUCCCCACAAAAGGGCUUUAUUACAGACAGAAAUACUCAUCACUUUCAUCAGCUGUCCGGGUGGCUGGUAUCAGACGAUCCUGCAGGUGAAGAAGCCGGAUGUGGAGGUCCUGGGCUGGUGUGGUUACACGUGGUCUGCGGUUGUGAGGCCGGUUUGACGUACUGCCGAAUUCUCUAAAACGACAUUGGAGCCGGCUUAUGGUAGAGAAAUAUGACACGUUUCAGGGAACUAGGUGUAUGUCGCGGGUCACUACUUCACAGGAGAGCCAUUUGAACGUAUUUUAUUUUAUUUGAUCAAAAUGCGUUUCUUGGCAGAAAUGACUUCUGGAACAUGUGAAAUUGUAUCGUGUUUGUGGAGCUGCAUAAGUGUUGCUCUCCACUUUCUGGAGGAUCGAGUUUUGAAAUCAGUGGAAUUAGAGUAUGAUAGCUAAAGAGAUGGAGAAAACACCUGUCUCCGGAUUACAUUUUCAAACUAAGGGCAACCAUGGCAUCCGUGACAGGGAGAUGCGUCCAUCAUGCAUGAUGUAUACGGGUAAGAUAGUCUAGCUAGCUACAUUUUCAGAUAUUACACGUUUCUAAUAUUACACGUUUCUGUUAGCUAGCCGGUUCGCUAGCUAAUGUAUUAUAUCUCAGAGCCAUUUGCUUGGCUAGUUAGAACCUCAUGUUAGCUAGCUAACAUUGAACCUGGUUGGUUAGCUACCUGCAGAUUAAUGCAGGGUAGUAACGUCAUGAGUUGGGAUUAUGGUUAAUUGUUUACCUAGCUAGCUAGCUACAUGUCUUAACAAAAGACUCCACUAUGCAAGUAACCAUUUCGGGUGCAUUCGUAAAUUCAGUCUGAGUAUGCCAGAGCGCAGAAUAACUGAAGAAUUUACGAACCCACAACACCCGUUGAAUAUGACCGGUGUCAGUAAACGUUGGCAAAAAAGCGUAAUUAAAUUGUUGCCAGCAGCACAGUUACAGUCACCAACGCUCUGGAUAACAUGAAAAAAGCUCUGCUAGGGCGAGCUCUGCUAGGGCGCACUAGCGACACCGACUGACCAUUUUACUCACCCUAGCAGAGCUGGUUAGGCUGUUUUCAUGUUAUCCAGAGGUAAACAAUGAACCAUAAUCCCAAUUUAGUUUCUGGAAGUAGCUAGCAAGCUAGCCAAUGUUAACCAGUUAGCUUGGGUGCUUGACUGCCGUUGUGAGGUCAGAACGCUCAAAUCAACCCUACUCAUUGGCCAGAGCGUAAAGUGUGUGCUCUGAACGAUGCUGAAUGGGUGUAGACAAAGAAGAGCUCUUCAGUAGGUACCAAAACAUUCAAAGGCCAUUUUCUCAAAAGUGAGAUUACAAGUUUAUCAACUGUCAAAGCAGAAUUACUUUCCCAUUGUUCCCUUAAAUGCAGUGUAUGAUACACCAUUUUGUAGCUCUGUCUCUGCUUUAAUUCAAUGUAAAAAACACAAUUUCAAAUUUUGCUACAUAAGGCUGAAUCAAGGCGGUCAGUCACAAAUUAACAUUCAAUUCUCUGGCAACAGCUCUGGUGGACAUUCCUGCAGUCAGCAUGCCAAUUGCACGCUCCCUCAAAACUUGAGACAUUUGUGGCAUUGUGUUGUGUGACAAAACUGCACAUUUUAGAGUGGCCUUUUAUUGUCCCCAGCACAAAGUGCACCUGUGUAAUGAUCACGCUGUUUAAUAUGAAAUGCCAUCCCUGUCAGGUGGAAGGAUUAUCUUGGCAAAGGAUAAAUGCUCACUAACAGGGAUGUAAACAAAUUUGUGCACACAAUUUGAGAGAAAUAAGCUUUUUGUGUGUAUGGAACAUUUAUUGUAUAUUUUAUUUCAGCUCAUGAAACAUGGGACCAACACUUGACAUGUUGCGUUUAUAGUUUUGUUCAGUAUAUAUCAAACGUGAAUCGAUUUUCACUAAAUUGCAACAUUUGAUGUACAGUCACAUUCACCGUAGUUGUCUGAAGCAUGCUUUAGAGUUUACAGCUGGUGAUGCCUCACCAUCUUAACUUGCAGUACCUAAAACUUGGCGUGAUUACCAGCUGAGAUAAACUUUUAUGAGUUGAUUUUACUCCUGGCUCAGAGUUUGUCUGAGCAGUGUCUUAACAUCAUCCUGAAAACUACUCUGAGGUGGGAGUUUUUUUUUGUCUUAAAGCAGGUUUUAACAGGAUUCCUAGGAACUUUUCUGAAAUACUUAGUGGAUACGGGCCCAGGACUCUCCAACUCCAACUCUUCUAUCGUGGUAUAUACAUUAUGGUGUAUGGUGUCCAGCAGUAUGGUGUCCUGCUGAAACAAUCCCUGCGGCUGUCCUAAUAUGGACACCGUACUGUAGUAUCUCUUAUACUGUAUUACAUCAGUCUUUUGCAUCUCAUCUUGAACCAUGUUAUACAUGGCAUGGUAUAAGUAGGGCUAGCCCACAGGCAGAGUGGUGGAGCAUUCUAAUCCGAUUAGCGCGCCUCUUGGACUAGACGAGCGUCAGUUAUCUUGUCAAACAGUUGUCCCAUGAUCUCAUUCUGUUUACACUGGGAGAUAAGCCAUGCUCGCAAAACAACGUCUCAGUGCAGGGAGACAUUCAGAAAUGGUAUCAGGUUGAGUCCCCAAAUGGCAUCUUAUUUCCUUUAUGGUAGGGAUGUAACGGUUCACUGAUAUGCAUCGGUCCCCGGUUCAAAUGUUAGAGAUGAGUGCAUCCAAACCAAUCCAAAUGGAGCAUGCAUCGGUCAGAAAAUCAAUUCAAAUGUUACGAAUCGCCUGUUUUUUGGGCAUAUUACUUUCUACCUUCCGCAAAUACCUCAUCUUUUUUUACAACUGAUGUGUCCUCUCCUUCAAUGUCGAACUGCAGGGAAAUGUCAAAUGAAAUCAAAUCAAAUUUUAUUGGUCACAUGCGCCGAAUACAACAGGUGCAGACAUUACAGUGAAAUGCUUACUUACAGCCCUUAACCAACAGUGCAUUUAUUUUAAACAAAAGAAGUAAAAAUAAAACAACAACAACAAAAAAAGUGUUUGAGAAAAAAAAAAGAGCAGAAGUAAAAAUAAAGUGACAGUAGGGAGGCUAUAUAUACAGGGGGGUACCGGUGCAGAGUCAAUGUGCGGGGGCACCGGCUAGUUGAGGUAGUUGAAGUAAUAUGUACAUGUGGGUAGAGUUAAAGUGACUAUGCAUAAAUAAUUAACAGAGUAGCAGCAGCGUAAAAAGGAUGGGGUGGGGGGGCAGUGCAAAUAGUCCGGGUAGCCAUGAUUAGCUGUUCAGGAGUCUUAUGGCUUGGGGGUAGAAGCUGUUGAGAAGUCUUUUGGACCUAGACUUGGCACUCCGGUACCGCUUGCCGUGCGGUAGCAGAGAGAACAGUCUAUGACUAGGGUGGCUGGAGUCUUUGACAAUUUUGAGGGCCUUCCUCUGACACCGCCUGGUAUAGAGGUCCUGGAUGGCAGGAAGCUUUGCCCCAGUGAUGUACUGGGCCGUACGCACUACCCUCUGUAGUGCCUUGCGGUCGGAGGCCAAGCAGUUGCCAUACCAGGCGGUGAUGCAACCAGUCAGGAUGCUCUCGAUGGUGCAGCUGUAGAAUUUUUUGAGGAUCUGAGGACCCAUGCCAAAUCUUUUUAGUCUCCUGAGGGGGAAUAGGCUUUGUCGUGCCCUCUUCACGACUGUCUUGGUGUGUUUGGACCAUGAUAGUUCGUUGGUGAUGUGGACACCAAGGAACUUGAAGCUCUCAACCUGUUCCACUACAGCCCCGUCGAUGAGAAUGGGGGCGUGCUCAGGUUGACGGUCAUUGAUCUACAAGUAAAUUUGCAUGCCGAACAACUCCAGGUAAUAUCAGUAGCCUAGUCAAACUGCUGCACUGUGCCCAGCUUCGCGCGCUGACGAGAGGUAGGCCCCAAAUCUUGUACAUCUGCAUGCCUUCAGCAUUCAAAUGCUUAAAUGGCUUGUGCAAUAUUAGGCUUUAUUAGUUGAGUACAUUACAACCAAUGUAAUUUCCUAGGUUAUUGUUAUCAAAUGCACUGUUGAAAAUUGUGUUUCACCAGAAUAAAAGUAAGCUACCGGAGACACAACUCAUCUGGCUAUUCCUGCUGAAUGGGGCUUACAAUAGAUUGUUCAGGUUCACCGUCAGCAAUAGUUUUGGUAGUUUUGCUUUAAACAAUCAUUGUAUAUGGUCAUUUUUAGAUAUACAGGGUAAAGUUGAUAAUUUCAUAAUGAGGACCAUUUGUAUUUAAUAAUCAUAGUGCAGUUAUCACAAAACAGUAUUUUCCGUGUUAUAUCCUACCUAGACUAAAUGGCUAUAAAGGCGUGCAAGACAAGACAUUGCGAGAUUCAGAUUACCAAGACAUAUGCGCACCAUGUUUUUUUCUGCCUGCCCUCUACUCUCUCUCCCUCACAUUCAUUACGCCGAUUCUGUUGCAAAACGUUUCUGAACGAAAGGGGAGGGACCUACCUAGAAACUCUCGUUUUAGUUGCAAACGGUUUGGACUAAGGAUUCCACACCUGCUAUUUCUCUUCGCUAAUGAUGCGAGUGUUCAGUCUUUGGUCUGUUGCGUGUAGAAUAUCCUAGCCUAUUCAUUGAUGAUAGGCCCUGCUUUACUGAAGUUGCGAGACAUUGCAAGCCAAGAAAUUGCAAGAUACGGCAUUUCAUUGCAAGGUACAGCUUUUGAUUGCAAGAUACAAUUUUUUGAUUGCAAGGUACAGCUUUUGAUUGCCGAUAGGUAGGCCUAGUGCACGGUUCUGACUGUCUGGUUGGUGGCCGACCUGCUUAUACUGUGCCCCUCCCCUCUCUCUCAGUCCCUCGCUAGCUCGCUAUGAAAGAAAUGAGAGUCGACAUCGGGAGUCGUCAUACAAGGAGUUGAGGAAUCAAUUAUUUUGGAGUCGACUCAUUCACUACGUCAUCGUAGUUUAAAAAAAUGGCAGAGAAAGGCAAGUGACAGCAGUGAAGUCCUGUAUGGCAAUACUUUGAGAAUGUAAAUGAGAAGGAUGGUAGUACAGGGGCAAUGUUUAAUCAUCUGAAAGGGAUACACCGUGAGACCCAAAUCGUUGCUGACAGCAGAGCAUCUGCAUUGUGAAUUUGCGUGGAAUUUUAUGAAUUUUUCUAAUUGUUUAACGUUAAAAAAUAAUAAAAAAUUGGUUGAACCGUUAAGAAUUGUUUUCCUUUUGUCACAUCCCUAACGAAGGCCUUGAGGACGAUACGUAAAGCUUAUUAAAGAGCAGUGAUACUAUCAAGAGCAGUGUGCAGGUUAUUUUAUAUUUUUCUCAUCUUAUUCAACUGUUACCAUGCACCUGCAAAAAAGAUAGCUCAGAUGUGCAAGUGCCUUUAGAAUUUUGAGUCACAUCCCUAACAGCAAUCACUUUUGUGAGCCUUAUGCAUGGUCGAAGCGGGAGGAAAAGAGAAGCCAAUCCGUAAAAAAAGAUUUUUGAAAAUAAUAAUGUGCAAAAUGUUGCACAAUCCAGGUGUGGAAAGCUCUUAAGAGACUUACCCAGAAAGAUUCACAGCUGUAAUCGCUGCCAAACGUGCUUCUGCAAAGUAUUGACUCAGGGGUGUGAAUACUUAUGUUAAUGAGUUAUUUCUUUAUUUCAUUUUCAAGAAAUUAGCUGAACAUUUCUAAAAACAUGUUUUCACUUUGUCAUUCUGGGGUAAUGUGUGUAGAUGGGUGAGAAAAAAAUCGAUUUAAUCAAUUUUGAAUUCAGGCUGUAACACAACAAAAUGUGGAAUAGGUCAAGGGGUAUGAAUACUUUCUGAAGGCACUGUAUCUAGAUACGUAUUGAAUCAUCUUGAAGGAAAAUAUGCACAUCCCUACUUCAUAGUGCACAACCUUUGACCAGUGCCCAUAAGGAAUAGGGAGGCAGUAUGCUCACAACAAGGUCUAACCAUAGGCAGACAUUCAGAAAUCUCUCAGAAAUCUGGUCCAGACAUGACGUAUGCAAGAUAUAAGCCAUGCUCGCGUCAAAGCUGGAUAUCUGACACUAACAAUGUCUCAUAAAUCUGGUGCCAAUAUGUGACUUAAAAUGUGAGAAACGGUGUUUGUGAAACGUCACUGUGCUGUGUCUGAAAAUAUUGUGGUAAUAAGCACAGGCUUUUAGACUGGGUGAGAAAGUAAGAAAAGGUAUUUUACUGUACAACAUUUGUAUUCUUUGAGAACAUAACCGUCCAACCAAGUAAUGGCAACAUUGCAUCAAAGGUAAUAAUAAUGAGUGUUGUCCAGUGUUGAAAGUUGGGUCUUUAUGUGUGACUGGAAGAUAACAUUGUUAUAAUACAAAAUAUGAUGUAUUAUGUAUAUAUUAUGUAAUACAGUAGAUACCUUUUCAUUAUAUAAAUAGUAUGUAUAUAUUAUGUAAUACAGUAGAUAUAGUUGAAGUCGGAAGUUUACAUUCACCUUAGCCAAAUACAUUUAAACUCAGUUUUUCACAAUUCCUGACAUUUGAUCCUAGUAAAAAUUCCCUGUCUUAGGUCAGUUAGGAUCAACACUUUAUUUGAAGAAUGUGAAAUGUCAGAAUAAUAAUAAUAAUAUGCCAUUUAGCAGACGCUUUUAUCCAAAGCGACUUACAGUCAUGCGUGCAUACAUUUUUGUGUAUGGGUGGUCCCGGGGAUCGAACCCACUACCCUGGCGUUACAAGCGCCGUGCUCUACCAGCUGAGAUACAGAGGACCACAAAAGUAGAGAGAAUGAUUUAUUUAAGCUUUUAUUUCUUUCAUCACAUUCCCAGUUGGUCAGAAGUUUACAUACACUCAAUUAGUAUUUGGUAGCAUUGCCUUUAAAUUGUUUAGCUUGGGUCAAACAUUUCGGGUAGCCUUCCACAAGCUUCCCACAAUAAGUUGGGUGAAUUUUGGCCCAUUCCUUCUGACAGAGCUGGUGUAACUGAGUCAGGUUUGUAGGCCUCCUUGCUCGCACACGCUUUUUCAGUUCUGCCCACAAAUGUUAUAUAGGAUUGAGAUCAGGGCUUUGUGAUGGCCACUCCAAUAUCUUGACUUUGUUGUCCUUAAGCAAUUUUGCCACAACUUUGGAAGUAUGCUUGGGGUCAUUGUCCAUUUGGAAGACCCGUUUGCGACCAAGCUUUAACUUCCUGACUGAUAUCUUGAGAUGUUGCUUCAAUAUAUACACAUAAUUUUCCUUCCUCAUGAUGCCAUCUAUUUUGUGAAGUGCACCAGUCCCUCCUGCAGCAAAGCACCCCCACAGCAUGAUGCUGCCACCCCCAUGCUUCACGGUUGGGAUGGUGUUCUUCAGCUUGCAAGCCACCCCUUUUUCCUCCAAACAUAACGAUGGUCAUUAUGGCCAAACAGUUCUAUUUUUGUUUCAUCAGACCAGAGGACAUUUCGCCAAAAAGUAUGAUCUUUGUCCCCAUGUGCAGUUGCAAACCGUAGUCUGGCUUUUUUAUGGCGGUUUUGGAGCAGUGGCUUCUUCCUUGCUGAGCGGCCUUUCAGGUUAUGUCGAUAUAGGACUCGUUUUACUCUGGAUAUAGAUACUUUUGUACCUGUUUCCUCCAGCAUCUUCACAAGGUCCUUUGCUGUUGUUCUGGGAUUGAUUUGCACUUUUCGCACCAAAGUACGUUCAUCUUUAGGAGACAGAACGCGUCUCCUUCCUGAGCGGUAUGACGGCUGCGUGGUCCCAUGGUGUUUAUACUUGCGUACUAUUAUUUGUACAGAUGAACGUGGUACCUUCAGGCGUUUGGAAAUUGCUCCCAAGGAUGAACAAGACUUGUGGAGGUCUACAAUUAUUUUUCUGAGGUCUUGGCUGAUUUCUUUUGAUUUUCCCAUGAUGUCAAGCAAAGAGUCACUGAGUUUGAAGGUAGGCCUUGAAAUACAUCCACAGGUAUACCUCCAAUUGACUCAAAUGAAGUCAAUUAGCCUAUCAGAAGCUUCUAAAGCCAUGACAUAAUUUUCUGGAAUUUUCCAAGCUGUUUAAAGGCAUAGUCAACUUAGUGUAUGUAAACUUCUGACCCACUGGAAUUGUGAUACAGUGAAUUAUAAGUGAAAUUAUCUGUCUGUAAACAAUUGUUGCAAAAAUGACUUGUGUCAUGCACAAAGUAGAUGUCCUAACCGACUUGCCAAAACUAUAGUUUGUUAACAAGAAAUUUGCGGAGUGGUUAAAAAACGAGUUUUAAUGACUCCAACCUAAGUGUAUGUAAACUUCCGACUUCAACUGUACCUUUUCAUUAUUAUUUUGCUGCAACUGGGUUACUGUAAAUAAAAAUAUACUAUAUUAUAGCAUAAUUCCCAUCUAAACACAUAUCUAAAACAGAACCCCCUUAGAUGUAAGGAGUCGAAACAAACAGCUCGUCUUUGAAGUGCAUUUCAGGAUUUGUCCCGACAAAAACAAAUCUUGGUCGACCGAGAGUCGUCUGUUCUUUCAACCAAUCGAUUGGUCUACAUUUUUAAACUUGUAUUUUUCCAUAUGAUCUGCAUCAGAUGGUCGGGAGGGAGGGCUGUCUCUCACCAUCCAUAUGAUGGUCAGUCUGGAGGGAGGGCUGUCAAUCAAUCAAUCAAAUGUAUUUAUAAAGCCCUUUUUACAUCAGCAGAUGUCACAAAGUGCUAUACAGAAAACCCAGCCUAAAACCCCAAACAGUAAGCAAUGCAGAUGUAGAAGCACAGUGGCUAGGAAAAACUCCUUAGAAAGGCAGAAACCUAGGAAGGAACCUAGAGAGGAACCAGGCUCUGAGGGGUGGCCAGUCCCCUUCUGGCUGUGCCGGGUGGAGAAUUAUUACAUUUACGUCAUUUAGCAGACGCUCUUAUCCAGAGCGACUUACAGUUAGUGAGUGUCACUAACUGUACAUUAUUGUUUUUUAUUAUUAUUAUUAUUUUUUAAAAAAAUCAUACCCCCCCGUGGGAAUCGAACCCAGAACCCUGGCGUUGCAAACGCCAUGCUCUACCAACUGAGCUACAUCCCCUGCCGACCAUUCCCUCCCCUACCUUGGACGACGCUGGGCCAAUUGUGCGCCGCCCCAUGGGUCUCCCGGUCGCGGCCGGCUACGUCAGAGCCUGGAUUCGAACCAGGAUCUCUAGUGGCACAGCUAGCACUGCGAUGCAGUGCCUUAGACCACUGCGCCAUUCGGGAGACGGUACAUGGCCAUUAAGGCCAGAUUUUUCUCCAAGAACAUUCAUAGAUGACCAGCAGGGUCAAAUAAUAAUCACAAUCGUUGUGGAGGUUGCAACAGGUCAGUAUAUCAGGAGUAAAUGUCACUUGGCUUUUCACAGCCGGGCAUUUAGAGGUUGAAAUAGCAGGUGUAGUCGAGAGAGAGAGUUGAAAACAGCAGGUCUGGGACAAGGUAGCACGUCCGGCGAACAGGUCAGGGUUCCAUAGCUGCAGGCAGAGGAGUUGAAACUGGAGCAGCAGCACGACCAGGUGGACUGGGGCAGCAAGGAGUCAUCAGGCCAGGUAGUCCUGAGGCAUGGUCCUAGGGCUCAGGUCUUCCAGGAGGGGAGGGAGAGAGGGAGAGAGAGAGUAUUAGAGGGAGCAUACUCGAAUUCACACAGGACACUGUAUAAGACAGGAGAAUAACACCAGAUAUAACAGACUGACCCUAGGCCCCCGGCACAUAGACUAUUGCAGCAUAGAUACUGGAGGCUGCGACAGGGGGGGUCGGGAGACACUGUGGCCCCGUCCGACGAUACCCCCGGACAGGGCCAACCAGGCAGGAUAUAACCCCACCCACUUUGCCAAAGCACAGCCCCCACACCACCAGAGGGAUAUCAACAGACCACCAACCUACUACCCUGAGACAAGGCUGAGUAUAGCCCACGAAGAUCUCCUCCACUGCAAGAGCCAGAGGGGGCGACAAACCGGACAGGAAGAUCACGUCAGUGACUCAACCCACUCAAGUGACGCACCCCUCCUAGGGACGGCAUGGAAAGCACCAGUAAGCCAGUGACUCAGCCCCCGUAAUAGGGUCAGAGGCAGAGAAUCCCAAUGGAGAGACAGGAACCUGCCAGGCAGUGACAGCAAGGGUGGUUUGUCACACCAGUGCCUUUCCGUUCACAUUCGCACCCCUGGGCCAGACUACACUUAAUCAUAGGACCUACAGAAGAGAUGAGUUUUCAGUAAAGACUUAAAGGUUGAGACCGAGUCUGCGUCUCACACAUGGAUAGGCAGACCAUUCCAUAAAAAUGGAGCUCUAUAGGAGUAAGCCCUGCCUCCAGCUGUUUGCUUAGUAAUUCUAGGGGCAAUAAGGAGGCCUGCGUCUUGUGACCGUAGCGUACGUGUAGGUAUGUACGGCAGGACCAAAUCGGAGAGAUAGGUAGGAGCAAGCCCAUGUAAUGCUUUGUAGGUUAGCAGUAAAACUUUGAAAUCAGCCCUAGCCUUAACAGGAAGCCAGUGUAGAAAGGCUAGCACUGGAGUAAUAUGAAUAAAUGUUUUGGUUCUAGUCAAGAUUCUAGCAGCUGUGUUUAGCACUAACUGAAGUUGAUUUAGUGCUUUAUCCGGGUAGCCGCAGAGUAGAGCAUUGCAGUAGUCUAAUCUAGAAGUGACAAAAGCAUGGAUUAGCUUUUCUGCAUCAUUCCUGGACAAAACGUUUCAGAUUUUUUGCAAUGUUACAAAGAUGGGAAAAAGCUGUACUUGAAAUAUUCUUGAUAUGGUCGUCAAAAGAGAGAUCAGGGUCCAGAGUAACGCCGAGGUCCUUCACAGUUGUUUUUUUUGACGACUGUACAAACAUCAAGUUUAAUUGUCAGAUCCAACAGAAGAUCUCUUUGUUUCUUGGGACCUAGAACUAGCAUCUCUGUUUUGUCCGAGUUUAAAAGUAAAACAUUUACUGCCAUCCACUUCCUUAUGUCUGAAACACAGGCUUCCAGGGUAGGCAAUUUUGGGGCUUCACCAUGUUUCAUCGAAAUUUACAGAUGGAUGGUCAGUCUGGAGGGAGGGCUGUCUCUCACCAUCCAUCUGAUGGUCAGUCUGGAGGGAGGGCUGUCUCUCACCAUCCAUCUGAUGGUCAGUCUGGAGGGAGGGCUGUCUCUCACCAUUCAUCUGAUGGUCAGUCUGGAGGUAGGGCUCUCUCACCAUUCAUCUGAUGGUCAGUCUGGAGGUAGGGCUCUCUCACCAUUCAUCUGAUGGUCAGUCUGGAGGGAGGGCUUUGUCUCACCGCAGCGGAAUCAAGUGCACUACCGCAGACAGCGCCAUCCCCGCGGCGUCCACAGUGGGUCCACUGAGACUGGCACAAAUCAGGCAGGUGUCUCGUGCGCUAUGAAAAAAAUAUCAAUUUGCGACCUCUUUUUUUUGGAUACAUGAACAGCCUAUUGACCAAUCAAUCAACCAGUCGACUAAAUGGGGUCAGCCCUAAAAAGGUGCAUUGUCGGCUGUCCAUUGCACUGCUCUGUUGAAUCCCAGCCCCAGUCUUAUUGCUUGAAAGAAAGGGGUUACACUCACGUUGAAGAACUAGGCCAUGACCUAAUUAGCUGUGACACACGGUCUGAUCACGUCUAAACGCCGUGACUCUCUGGAGAUCAAGCCACGACGCAGAUGAGUGGGAUCUCGGAGCUAGACUCUCACAAGAGUUCCAGAACUUUGUGUUGCAAUGCCAGUGCCGACACAUUUACAUUUUAAUCAUUUAGCAGACGCUCUUAUCCAGAGCGACUUACAGGAGCAAUUAGGGUUAAGUGCCUUGCUCAAGGGCACAUCGACAGAUUUUUCACCUAGUCUCGGGGAUUAGAACCAACGACCUUUCGGGUACUGGCACAACGCUCUUAACCACUAAGCUACAUGCCGCCCCUGACACAGGGGCAUACAAAUGUAGAGGUCCCGAUAAAUGGGUUGUUUGUCUCGUUUACGAUCCUCAUACGAGGCACUACAUUUGGUGGGGGCUUUUCAUAGUUAUUGACUGUUAAAACAAAUUUAGGUAUGUAGCUAGGGCCGUAGUAUGUUGGAGUUACACAUAAAAAUAUUGCUAAAAAGUAAAAGCCUAGCCCUUGACUGCUUCAGUCCUAUUAUGGCCACGUUUCAGGCUGACUAAAUUGUAGACACCUGCCAGAUCUCACAACACCUGGAUAGGUGUUUAACAUAUCAGCUAACCAUAUCAGAUAAGAUAUUGCAAUAUGAUGCCUGACCCUGCAGCCGAUGAUGUGGCAAACAACAAUUGGUUCAUGCAAUGCAUAGUCUGCAAUGUAGUAGGCCUGGAAUUCACCCUAUGUUUUAGUCUGGACUUUUAGCUGAGUUCUCUUUUGUUAGGUAGAGGAGGGUCCAUUUGUCCUUUAUCAAUUCAAGUAAUUGCUUCUAUAGGAAAUCUAUUAAAAAACGGGUUUCCAGGUCUAAAUCAGACAUUAUUUCAAAGAAAGGACCAAUGGAACCUCCUCUACCUAACGAAAGAGGACUCAAACUAAAGUCAACGUGGCAAUAAGCAUUAACAGAUCUCAAGUGUCUGAUGUCCCUCCUCUUUUUUCACAGUUCAGAUCAGAUGAGACCGCUGAGUCAAUGGGUUUACCUUGCACUGUCCAUUGUUGCAUAAGGUUGUUACUCUUAUCCAAAAGAAGCCUUUGGCUUCCUACAUCAAAAUGAGCUUGAUAAGGUCAUUGAGUCAAAUAAGUGAAUGAUUGACAGCUUGGUAAAUGCAGUACCGCCCAUUGUAGGGAGCCCAUUCACAUCAUUCCUCAAAGACCAAUACUAUAGUCUAGCUAGCAGCUCGGAACAAGUCUUUUCUCUUUCACAUUAUUAUCUUAUAGGGACAAUGAAAUCUUGUCAGAAUCUUUUGUAGCAUUUUGAAAGGGAUCGAGUCAAUUCCAUUGUAAUUCAGAAAACAGAAUAAUGGUCGUAGGUGGUCAAUGGUAAUUGUGUUGAAUUGCAGUUCAUUCCCAUGAAGUUCAACUGCCUACUUAUUUUUUCGAACAUUGGUUUGACAACUCAAGACUUUCACUGACAUCAUCAUUUGCACUAUCCUGCCCUCUCUAGCUUUAUUUCACUUCUCCAUCCUCCCAUUCACAAACAAUUAUCCUUUCUUAUCUCCUUCUCAUAUUUAUAAUUUCCAGUUACACUCCUCCAUGUCCUAGCUUUACUUUCGCCUAUCCCUCUAUCCAUUUCUUCAUCUCACUCUCCCUCCAUCUCUCAUCCACCUCUCCAAGUUCUCAUUUAACUUGCAUCUUCCCCUCUUUUUACCCCUCCUUGGCUACAUCCAUCCUGAUCACAUUCAUCCCAUCUGACCUGCAUAUGCUCAUUCUAAUCCCUCCAUGUCAUUUCUCUAUCUCCCACCUUCCCCUCUCUUUCACCUGGUCUCCCUCCCUCUCUAACCUCUAUUUUCCUCUCUCCCCCUCUAUAUUUCUCCAUUCUACCCCCUAUUUUCUUCUCUUACUCUCUCUCUCUCCCUUUCCCCAUUCUCUCUUUCCCCCAUUAUCUAUUUUUCCAUUCAUUCCCCCUCUCCCUCCUUUCUCCCUUCUUUCUCUCUCUUCCCCUCUUCCAUCCCCCCCAUCUCUUUGAUACAGAGGGGUCAUUGCAUGGUCUGCUGAAGGCUCUGACGAGCGCUCGCUGCAGUCCCACCCAGCAUCUGGAGCAGGAGCAGGCAUUGGCUAG